AUGGAUUCCAGCGACCAUAAAUUCUAUCCUGUACACGGCAUUGAUUCUAGAGAACAUCUGGAAACAUAUUUAUCUAACAAACCAGACAUGGCCUUUGGAGAAGACACAAUUAAAUUUCCAAUGGAAUUUUUACACCAUUUAUUCAGUGAGGGUCACAUUAAGGGAGACCUUUUGAUUGACAUCAGUUUUGGAUCCUACAUUCAUCAUCUAUAUACAGCCAGUGGAUAUUUCAACCAGAUCCUUGUGCUGAAGGUCUCUGAGCAAUGUAUUAUGGAGCUGAGCAAAUGGAUUAACACACGUACCGGAGCAUUUGAUUGGUCUCACAUAAUGCCAUAUAUUAAAUGCCUAGAAGGAAACAGUGACCAGUGUCAGGACAAAGACAUGACAUUGAAGACGGCAAUAACAAACAUCAUGAAAUGUGACAUUGACAAUGAGAAUCUCACAGACCCGGAGGUGCUCCCACCAGCAGACUGUGUUAUCAGUACAGCUCUCUUGGAUUUCAUCAGCAAAGACCAAGAUGAUUAUAUAAAUAAUUUCAGAAAAUUUGUGAAGCUACUAAAACCAGAAGGACACCUGAUAUUGUUUGGGAUUUUAAAUACAACUUAUAUGAUGGUUGGGCAGGACAAGAUACAUAUGUUCAGAUAUGAUGAGAAAUUUGCAAGAAAAGUUCUCACUGAUGAAGGGUUUGUUAUUGAUCAUUGUGCAGUCCAUAAAAAAACAGCAGAUAGUGACCUCAUGGACUAUGAGGCAUUUAUGUUUAUUGCAGCUCAUAGAGAGUAAU